CAGAAGCACGAGAGUCAGCCCAUAAGACCGGAGUUGCCGGACCGCGCCGCUAACAUAGUAAAUGUCCGAAUAAAAUACACACUUGGAAAAAGAGAGAAAAAUUAGGGCCACUGGGAAGGCUGAAGUGUGCAAACUUGGCAAUCAAAACGAAUCGACAGCGAAAGCGAUCGCUAGCAAUCCGCGCACGGAAAACCGGAGACUCGGCGACUCAGCAGGACGACAGAGCGAUAGCGAUCCCGAAGGCAGGACAAAUGGCGGAGAACGGACUGCGUGUGCCAGGGUCAUCCGCGGUGGCCUCCUCGGUGGCUUCCACGGCGGCAGGAGCCGGGCAGGGAUCAGGAUCCGCUGCAGUGGCCGGAGCCGGAGUGGUGGCCACCGGCAGCAGCGGGGGGACGAGCAACGGGGAGCACGAGAACGAACACAACGCCAAUGCGGACAGCGAGAAGGCCCAGCCGGCGCCGGCGGUCCAGAAGUACAUGCAGGAGCUCAUGACGGAGAGGUCGCGCAUGGAGAACCACUUCCCCCUGGCGCUGAAGCUGAUCGACGAAGCUUUGGAGCGUGUGCAGCUGAACGGACGCAUCCCGACGAGAGACCAGUACGCCGACGUCUACCAGCAGCGCACCAUCAAGCUCUCCCAGAAGGUGCACGUGCCCAUCAAGGACAAGAAGUUCAACUAUGUGGGCAAGCUUCUGGGCCCCAAGGGCAACUCGCUGCGCCGCCUGCAGGAGGAAACGCAGUGCAAGAUCGUCAUACUUGGCCGCUUCUCAAUGAAGGAUAGAGCCCGCGAGGAGGAGCUGCGCAACUCCGCGGACGCGAAAUACGCCCACCUGAAUCUUCCGCUGCACGUCGAGGUGUCCACCAUAGCUCCGCCCGCCGAGGCGUACGCCCGUGUGGCCUACGCCCUGGCCGAGAUUCGGCGAUAUCUUACGCCGGACAAACACGAUGACAUCCGCCAGGAGCAGUACCGCGAGCUCAUGGAGGAUCCGGAGGCGGCCAAGAAGCUCACGCUUCGCCAGCUGCAGCAGCAGUCGAAUGCAGCGGCCAGUGGAGGUGGUGGAGGAGGUGGCGGCGGCGGCGGUGGUGGUGGUGGAGGGGGAAACGGAAAUGGCGGAGCAGCUGGAUCCGGCAGCAACAAUGGCAACGGCAACCAGCGCUCCGGCGGCAACUACAGACAAAAGUUUCAGCAACAAUCACACUAUCGCCACAACGAGGAGACUGUCUACUUUCGCUCACACAACAAUGCGUACCACCAGCCAAAACCCUAUGUGCCAGCCGCCCAGCGGGGCAAUGCCAUGCACACCGCCCUGCCACCGCAGGCGAUUGUGCGAGCCUCACCACCCGGAAUGGUCGUCAGUGCGGCCAGCUUCAAUGGUCGGAAUGCCGGGCUGGGCAAUGCCGGCGGCGGCGGGAUCAUGGCCAAUAGCAUCGUGGCCACCACUGGCGGUGGCAUCGGCGGCGCUGUGCCACCCAAUAUGCGCUACCGUCCCGCUGCCCCCUAUCAGUUUGUCAAGAAAUAAUACAGAUGGGAGGAUGCACCGCCCGCUGCCGUUCGCUGUUUGUUCAACUAUCCCUCACCGUCAUUGAUGCUUUAUCCGGAAGUAUUCACACCCAUCUGUCAUGCCCAUCCAAACACCAACACCCACACACAGCUCCAAAGGUAGAUGUAGUAACUAUGAGAACAUUGGAAACUUGUCAUGCAUUGAUUUCACCAGGAUUUCGGCAGGGUGGAAACCAAAACGAAACGAAUGAGUAAAUGUAUGUUUAAGAAAACUAGCCUAAGUAGACGAAUGCUCCGAGGAACAGACGAACACCUCAAUCACCCAACCAAAACCAACUAACCGACCAGAGAAACACCCACCACCCCACACGCACGCAAGCACUCCUCGAGGAUUGGGUUUGAAGGAUCUGAGACUUUGGAAUCCGUGUGUUGGGCCCUGCGAGCAUUUGGAAAUGAAAGAUCGAAGAAGAAAGGAGGAGGAGGAGAAGAACGCCUCGAUAUUGGAUCGGGCCGAAACGAAUGGAUGUAUUCAAGGAUGAUCCCGGUCGAGCCAGAUGUCCUUGUUUUGUUUUGUCAUAUAUAAUUUACAAUCUUAUUUUAUCACUGACGCAUGCGAAGAUUUCAUCAAUUUUUAAUUUAUAUCAAUGAAUAUAUAUAUCUCCUUUAUGUUAACUCUCAUACGUAUCCUCCCCGCAGUCGCUUAAUCCUAUUGCUUCUCCCACUCUGCGAUUAAGUUUAUCCUAUUUUUGUUUAAUGCAUUUUGUAUUAUGUUGACGUUUAGAAGAGGAGGCUUUUUAUUUUUAUUUGUUACGUCGCCAGGACAGAAAAACCAACUGCAAACGAUCAUGAAUAAUAUAUAACAAGUAUAUAGAAGCGGUAUGAUUUAUUACACAUAGUGCAUAUGCAACACCACACGAUCACUCGCGCCUACGUAUAUUCAAAGCAUCAGCAUAUUCACGUAAAACCUUAAAAGUUUAAACCAAAUGAACAUUAGAACGCAAACGAGAAUCUACAACAUAGAUCGGCGCUGAAGAGCGAUUACGCCUACGAUAAUGCAAACCACAUCCGAUCAGAGAAAAAUAUGCGAACACAUACAUACAUACAUAAUUGUUAUUGUUGUUAAAAGCAACUAAAAUUGUAAUAGAAAUUAUGCAAAUAUACAUACGAAUAUGACGACAAAUGUUAAUUGCAGCCUAGUUAUUAUUUUGUUCAUUCACCCACACACACCGGAACGAAACCUAAGAUAUAGUAUAUAUCGUA